AUAGGUAGGCAUGGCAAGCAGUCGGCAUUUUGUAAGCAGAAUCGAUAGAUCGAUAUUCAGAGAGUCCCACCCAUAACCAAUCAGAGAAAUCAAUAAUCACCUUUUAUUCUAUACCUGGUUCCUGCUGCAGGGCCACUGUGCUCUGGGUUAGAAUGAGAGAGGUCUGAUUUUUCUUAAAGGGGCAGUGCAGGGAAAUGCAGAGAUGGAGCUGAGGAGAAAAAAGAGGAGGGGGGGAAGAUAAGUGAUCUGAAGAAGAGGAUAGGACAAAAAAAACUGAUGAUGAUGAAUACAUUGGAAAGUUUCUUGGCCCUGGUGAGGGUGUCAGAUUGAAUGCUCUGUGCGCAUGUGCGAAGGUGUCCGAACUGACAAUGCUUAGGAGAUGAAGAUAGUGUGUAGCUUGCUUCUGGGCUCAAGGAGGAGAGAGGAAUCCACAAGCCGACAAGAUGAGAUCCAAGGCGAGGGCGAGAAAACUGGCGAAAAGUGACAGUGACCUUGUAAAUAAUAUGUAUGAGCCCGACCCGGAUCUGCUUGCUGGUGAAAGUGCAGAAGAAGAAACUGAGGACAGUAUAAUGUCUCCUAUUCCUGUAGGACCUCCUUCCCCCUUUCCAACUAGUGAAGACUUCACCCCAAAAGAGGGCUCACCUUAUGAAGCUCCUGUCUACAUUCCUGAUGACAUUCCAAUCCCUCCAGAUUUUGAACUUAGAGAAUCUUCCAUUCCAGGAGCAGGACUUGGUAUCUGGGCCAAAAAGAAGAUUGAAGCAGGGGAAAGACUUGGACCUUACAUCAUGAUGCAAAAGACCACAUUAAAAGAGAACAAUCUAGGAUGGGAACAGAUCCUUCCUGAAUCAGAUGUGACAUCACAAGAUGGCUGCCUCAGUAAGGUUUCCGAUGAACUAGAUAAUGACAAAAUGUGCUUAGAGAACAACCAGAAUGGAUCUUGGAACUGGCUCAAAUUCAUCCGAAUCGCCUGCUCCUGCGACGAACAAAAUUUAGCAGUGUGCUAUCUAAAUGAACAGCUAUCCUAUAAGGUUAUUAAAGACAUUGAGCCAGGAGAAGAGUUGUUGGUUUAUAUGAAGGAGGGGAAUUAUUCCCCAGGAAACAUGCCCCCAAAUAUUGAUGAAGAGCACACAUUCCGCUGUGAGGAGUGUGAUGAACUCUUCCAGUCCAAGUUGGACUUGAGGCGGCACCAGAAAUACGCCUGCACCACAGUCAACCACAUCUACGAAUCGCUAAAUGAGGAGAUCAAGCAGGAGGGGUUCGAUAAUGAACAAAUGCACGAGUGUAAAGACUGUGAACGCCCUUUCCCCAACAAAUACAGUUUGGAGCAGCAUAUGAUAAUCCACACUGAGGAACGGGAGUACAAAUGUGAUCAGUGCCCUAAGGCCUUUAACUGGAAAUCCAACUUGAUUCGCCAUCAGAUGUCACAUGACAGCGGCAAGCGAUUUGAGUGUGAAAACUGUGUAAAGAGCGAGUCGUGGGUACCAAGUGACCUCCAUCCCAGAUUACCCUUAAAUUUGAACUGCAACAACAACACUGAAGCGGAAGAGCACACACCUAAAGUAGACGUGUUCACUGACCCCAGCAACCUCCAGAGACACAUCCGUUCCCAGCAUGUUGGAGCUCGUGCACAUGCUUGCCCUGACUGUGGCAAAACCUUCGCCACUUCAUCGGGCCUCAAACAGCACAAGCACAUUCAUAGUACUGUCAAGCCUUUCAUAUGUAUUCCAGGUGAGGUCUGCCAUAAAUCGUACACACAGUUCUCCAACCUGUGCCGGCAUAAACGAAUGCAUGCAGACUGUCGUACACAGAUUAAAUGCAAGGACUGUGGACAGAUGUUCAGCACUACCUCCUCUCUUAACAAACACCGGCGCUUCUGUGAAGGCAAAAAUCAUUACAACCAUGGUGGGCUUUUUGCUACUGGUCUACCCUUAACACCAAGUUCUUUGAUGGACAAAUCUAAACCUUCACCAAACCUUAAUCACUCUAGUCUGGCUUUCAAUGAAUACUUCCCUUCCAGGGCUCAUCCAGGAAGCCUUGCUUUCUCCCCUGCUCCACCUCCAUUUCCAACCCUAGCACCUGGAUUUCCAGGAAUUUUCCCUCCAGCUUUGUACCCCCGGCCUCCAUUAUUACCUCCUUCCCCUCUUCUUAAAAGCCCUUUGAACCAUACACGAGAAGCAAAGCUUCCUAGCCCCAUAGGAAAUCCUUCCAUCCCCUUAAUGUCCUCUUUAAAUAGCAGCAACCACAAUCAGCAAGUUUCUGUAGAGGAUAAAUUUGAAAACAGCAUGGAAAACUCAUACUUGGAAAAACACAAAUCCAGGAGCAGUGACUUGUCUGACGGUAGUGAUUUUGAAGACGUCAACACAACCUCUGGAACUGAUCUAGAUACAACCACUGGCACUGGGUCGGAUUUGGACAGUGAUGUAGACAGUGAAAGGGGAAAGAACAAAGAAAAAAGCAAACCAGUGGAAAACAAGCAAGAUGUUGUCAGUAGUUCUGUAUCUAGAAAUUUAAAUAAUAGCUUAGGCGAAAGACCAUUUUUCUACUCACAACAUUCCUUCUUUCCUCCCCCAGAAGAGCAACUGCUUCCAUCAAUUGGAGUAGCUAAUGACUCUAUUAAAGCUAUUGCAUCCAUAGCAGAGAAAUAUUUUGGACCUGGAUUUAUGGGAAUGCAAGAGAAAAAAAUGGGUUCCCUCCCUUAUCAUUCCAUGUUCCCAUUUCAAUUUCUUCCUAACUUCCCACAUUCUUUGUACCCAGCUUUUACAGAUAGGACAAUGAACCAUAACUUACUGGUAAAAGCUGAACCAAAGUCACCCAGGGACCUUCAGAAAGUCGGCAGCACUAGUUCAGAAUCACCAUUUGAUCUCACCACCAAGCCAAAAGAGAUUAAAUCAGCCUUAAUACCACCUAGGGUUUUGGCACCACAGUCCUCAGGGGAGGAACAGCCACUGGACCUCAGCAUUAGUAAUAGAAGUCGAGCCAGUCAGAAUGGGGCAAGGGAAACUCGGAGAAACCAUAUUUACAGUGACAGGAAAAUGAUGAUGAAUGAUAUGCUGUCGAAAAUUCCUCAGUCACAGCUUCCACAGCAGCCACCUCUCCACUACGCAAAACCUUCACCGUUUUUUAUGGAUCCGAUAUACAGCAGGGUGGAAAAACGGAAGGUAACAGACCCUGUGGGGACUAUGAAGGAAAAAUAUUUAAGACCAUCACCACUGCUUUUUCACCCACAGAUGUCGGCCAUUGAAAAUAUGACUGAAAAGCUGGAAAAUUUUGCCAACUUAAAAGCAGACACGGGAAGUUCCUUACAGCCACUUCCACAUCACCCGUUUAACUUCCGCUCCCCGCCCACAACUCUCUCAGAUUCAAUAUUAAGAAAAGGAAAGGAACGGUACACGUGCAGGUACUGUGGCAAAAUCUUUCCUCGAUCAGCAAAUCUAACAAGACAUCUCAGGACCCACACAGGAGAGCAACCAUACAGGUGUAAAUAUUGUGAUCGGUCAUUUAGCAUCUCCUCCAAUCUGCAGCGGCACGUCCGGAACAUUCACAACAAGGAAAAACCAUUUAAAUGCCACUUAUGUAACAGAUGUUUCGGGCAGCAAACAAACCUGGACAGACACCUCAAGAAACAUGAACAUGAAAAUGUUCCUGUGAGUCAGCACUCCGGAGUCAUUACAAACCACCAUGGGACCAGUGUCUCCUCCCCCAACUCCGAAUCCGAAAACCAUGCACUUUUAGAUGAGAAAGAAGAUUCCUAUUUCUCGGAAAUCCGAAACUUUAUUGCAAAUAGCGAGCUAAACCAAACAGCUAGUCUGGCAGAAAAAAGGACAGAAAUCCAGGAUAUAGACAGUUCGAAAUGCCUCAGUUUGGUCAACCAGAAACCAGAUGAUGCAGAUGAGGAAGAAGAUGAUGAACUAGAAGAAGACUAUGAAGAUGGAAGCUUGACAGGGAAGUCACAAGAUGAAACGGUGUCACCUUCCAUGGAAAACCAAGAAACAUAUGAAGAGGAUGAGGAAGAUGAAGAACCCACAUCCCUCACAAUGAGCUUUGAUCACACCCGAAGGUGUAUUGAGGAGGAAGAUGCCGGUCUGUUAGAUAUGGAACAGAUUCCGAAUUUUGGGAAGGGGCUGGACCUUCGAAAAACAGCAGAGGAAGCAUUUGAAGUUAAAGAUGUGUUUAAUUCCACCUUAGACUCUGAAACAUUAAAAGAAACUCUGUACAGGCAGGCUAAAAACCAGGCUUACGCAAUGAUGUUAUCCCUUUCUGAAAACACUUCUCUUCAUACUUCUUCCCACAAUUCCCUGGACGCUUGGUUGAACAUGGCUGGAGCCACACCAGAAUCAGGGACUUUUAAUUCAAUCAACCAUUUGUGAACACAGAGUACAUUUAACCAAGGUUUUAAACUACAUCCCUAUCCAACACAAGAGAAAGCAGAACGGAAAGUGAAGAUUUCAAGUGGUCCUUUUGGUCUUUAGGGGGCAAGAAUUGUUUGUCCCCAGUAUCAUUUCAGUUAUCGUGUUCUCCAUGUAUUGUUGGCCCUUUAAAGCUACCACCUCAUUGAAACUGUUAUACACAGAAGAAAAUGUUGUGUAAACCACAGGUUCCUAUUAAUGCCUUUACUCAAAGAUGGACGCAAAGCACUGAAAGCCUUUAUAAAAGCAUGGUGUUGAGUUAAUUAAAAACACAGUCCUGCAUACGCCGGUAGAAGUAAGUUAAACCACUAGAGUUAUUUUAGGAGAAUAUACCAUUUUCAAUCUUCAAAAAUUCCAUAUGAAAAUGAAAAAUGUUUAUGGUGCUGUGUAAAAUUAUUUAUAUAAAAUAGAUACAAUAUUGUCAAGUUAUAUACCAAGUCUUUUGUUCCAUCAGAAGCAUAGAUUACUGUUUAAAUAUAAGACCUGCACUGGGCUAAAGUUCACCUGUGUGCCUGACAAGAGACUGUAGGGGAGAUUCUAAAUGUAGAAUAUAAAUUACAUAGAAACGUGAUAUUUCCAAAUAAGUUAUGAAGCAAAAGUUGGGCAGUAUAGACCAAUCACAUAAUCCUGUGUGCCCUUAUCAUCAUGGGAGAGUUGGAUCUAUUUUGCCUUUUAAAUCUUCUUAUUCUCACAGGCAUCGAAACUUGCCACAAAUCGCAUCAGACUGCAAUUUUAGAAGCAAUAUUUGCAAUAUUUUUAUAUUUCAAAGUCCAUUAAAUGUUUUUUCCUUCAAUAAGCUGGCACAGUAAUAAUCAAAAUAAAAACACAGACAAAUUAUAUUGUGUUUCUAAAUUUAGUUCCACUGUAUCUAGAUUAAAUAUUGAGGUAUUUGGCAUCUAUUUCACAUACUCUCCUGCCAGCUAAAGUAGUGAUUCUACCACAUAUGUUCAUUUCUUGCUCCAUCUGGUUAAAGUAAGAAAUUUGCCAAUUAUGUGGGAUCCUUUAUUAUAAAGUUAAUAAAACAUCACUUCCUUAAUUGAUGGGGGGAUUAACCAAUACAGGUAUUGGACCCCUUAUCUAGAAACCCAUUAUCCAGAAAACACCGAAUUACAGAAAGGCCAUCUCCCAUA